CGUAUAAAAGCUCGUACUAUUGCAAGGUUUGAUCUCGUGUUUAUCAAUUUUCCUUUGAUGAUUCGUUGAUAUUUCUGUUUGCACGAUGAGAACUGUUGCUACGAUACUUGUACUUUUCUUUAUACAAUGCACGUAUUUACGUGCCGAACCUAUAGUAGCGGAUAAGGUCGCAGAGAAAAUUUCAAAUUCCUGUAUCUUCGGUGUUAAAUCGGUGUCAAUGUUUCUGUAUAACAGCCAUGUUACAGGCGAAAUGAUUCCGGAAAAUGAGAUCUGCAAUAAUAUUAAUUCAUCGCAACCGGUCACCUUUGUAACUCACGGCUUCACUAGUUCCGCACAUUCGUCUUAUACUAUAGAUCUGGCCAUGCAAUUGAAACACAAAAGCACGGUAUUUGUGUUGGAUUGGUCUCAAGCAGCCUGCGAAACUGGGCUACCCCUCAUCAACUUAAUAUUCUACCCCAGUGCGGUAACCAACACUCGAGAAAUAGGUCAACUUUUGGCAAACUAUGCCAAUACCGUGAUCAAACAGUGUGAUGUUCCAUUAGAAAAGAUAACAUUCAUUGGUCACAGCCUCGGCGCACACGUGGUUGGCUUCGCUGCAAAAAUUCUCCAAAAGUUCGGCUACAUAAUUCCACUUAUCAUUGCUGCUGAUCCCGCACGUCCGUUAUUCAGCCGUAAUGAUUGCGAGGAAAGACUUUGCAAAGAUGAUGCUAACCGUGUAAUAGCUAUCCAUACAUCUGAACUUGGGAUAUCAUUUCCUGUUGGUCACUUCGAUUUGUACUUCAAUGGCGGAGAAAAGCAACCAGGAUGCGGAAUAGAUUUCAUCAGUUGUCCACACAGGAGAGCUGUGAUUUAUCUGACAACCGUUUUAGAAAAAAGUUGUGGAUUUCUUGGCAUUUCUGAUAAUUUAUCCUCUUAUCCUGAUUCUAACACAACGGAUUGCAUCGUCGUAAAUAGCAAUUUGUUAGAUCACAAGAAUUCCAUGAACGGAAGUUACUAUGUAUUCGUCGAUGAGGAUUCUCAUUGUACAGAGCAAACUUUUAAUUGCAAACAGUCAUAGAAGCUGUUAAAUUUGAAAUGUCAAUCUCAAAAGAAUACAUAUGAAAAACAAAACUUUCUGAUGAAUUAUUGUAAAUAAAUAAUUAAAUUAAAUCGUUUGACCAGCA